AUGCUGCCGGAAAAAAGAUUAUUGACCGCAGAGGACAUGAAACUAUGGGAGAAGUCCCAAACAAGAGCUGAUUUCACGAAGUUCAUUAUAAACCUAGCUGAAUCUGUUAAAGGGCACGAAAACUCUCAGUACAAGGAACCAGUGUCUCAGCAAAUAACUGGUAUGCUGAACCUGCUUUCCCAGAUAAGAGACAUUAUAGAGAAGCACCCAGUGGUGCAAGAUGUAGAUAGUUCAAGAUUUGGUAAGGUGGAGUUCAGAGAUUUUUAUGAUGAAGUCUCACAAAAUUCCCGAAAACUGUUGAAAUCUGAAUUUUCUUCGCUUACAGAUGAACAGGUGGAACAACUAUCUAUUUAUCUUGAUGAAUCAUGGGGCAAUAAGAGAAGAAUCGAUUAUGGUUCAGGUCAUGAGCUAAAUUUCAUGUGUUUACUCUAUGGACUAUAUAGUUUUGAGAUUUUCAAUCUUUCAAACGAUUCGACGAAUCUCAUUCUGAAAGUUUUCAUAGAGUACCUUCACAUAAUGAGAGUAUUAGAAACUAAGUAUUGGUUGGAACCCGCAGGCUCGCACGGGGUUUGGGGGUUAGAUGAUUAUCACUUCUUACCGUUUUUAUUCGGCGCCUUCCAAUUGACCACCCAUAAGCACCUAAAACCAAUAUCCAUUCACAAUAGCGAGCUUGUAGAAAUGUUUGCUGAUCGGUAUCUGUAUUUUGGUUGCAUCGCAUUCAUUAAUAAAGUCAAGUCAUCUGCCUCUUUGAGAUGGCAUUCCCCCAUGCUAGAUGACAUCAGCGGCGUAAAGACUUGGUCAAAAGUUGCCGAAGGAAUGAUAAAAAUGUACGAAGCCGAAGUCCUCAGCAAACUGCCCAUCAUGCAGCAUUUCUAUUUCAGUAAAUUUUUACCCUGUCCUGAAGGCGUAUCUCUACCAAGAGGCCAUAUACACGAUGGCACUGAUGCGGACGACGAGUGCAACAUUGAAGGUCAUGCCCAUAGUACUUGGGGCGAUUGUUGUGGUAUAAAAUUACCAAGUGCUAUUGCAGCUACUGAGAUGAAUAAAAAAAAUCACAAGCCAAUACCUUUUGAUUAA